AUGUCCUAUCCUCUUCCCGGUUCAGGACAGCCGCAAGGAGCCUAUUUUCCUCCACCACCUUCCAAUGGACCUCCUUCAUUUCCUCCUCCACCUAGCCAACAGUCCCCGCCGCCCAGUUUCUUCCCUCCACCGCCGUCAGGGCCGUCGCCGUCAAUGCAGAAUGCCUCAUAUCCUCCCCCUCCCUCAUCCCAUCUAGCAGCCCAGACUCCGUCGCCUCCUCCCAUUCAGCAACCUACCGCUCAACGACCAUUCAACUAUUCUACGGUCCCUGCCUCAGCUCCCGCCUACAAAACCACGUUCGACCAUGCCUCGAUCCACCACCGACAACCCUCAUAUAAUGGUCCGACCAGCUCCUUCGACGAAAAUGAAGAAAAAGUCGGAUCCCCUCACCUACAGAAACUUACAAAGGAAAUGGCGAAUGUAAUGAAAGCGCCUGAGGGGCCUACCCUCGUUGGGGUUCCUCAGGGAGGUCAAUUCGUGGGCGUGCAAGCUACGACACAGGACGACGUAGGGACUUUCAACGGAGGAUCUUACCGCAUCUCACACCGCGACUCAAAUUCUAUAUUGACAAUACAAUUGGCUAUGGGGUGCCCGGUGACGGCAAAACCGGGGGUGAUGAUCGCGAUGAGCCCUUCGGUCAUGUUGAAAGGCAACGUUAAGUUCAGUGUCAAGAAAUUACUGAUAGGUGGAGAAAUGGCGCAUUCGACGUUCACCGGGCCAGGCGAGGUGUUAUUCGCGCCGAGUACACUGGGGGAUAUCUCGAUCCUGCGGCUCACGGGGAACGAGACGUGGAGCGUUGGGCGCGAUGCGUUUCUGGCGUGCACGCAAGGGGUGGUGAAAGAGUACAAGAGCCAGUCGAUCAGCAAAGCCAUGUUCUCCGGCGAGGGUCUAUUUGUCUACAAGAUGUCCGGCAUUGGCAUACUGUGGAUGUCCACCUUCGGAGCGAUACUGAGGAAAGAUCUGGUUGAUGGCGAAAAAUACAUUAUCGAUAACGGCCACCUCGUUGCCUGGAACUGCAAGUACGUCCUCGAACGCGUCGCCUCCGGCGGGAUCAUCUCCGGAAUCAGCUCGGGCGAGGGCCUGAUAUGUAAGUUCUCGGGUCCUGGGACGGUCUUCAUGCAGACACGAAACGCAGCAGCCUUUUCUGCGUUUAUCAGUGGAAAUUCCCAUCGGGAGGUAUGA